UUAGACGUUAAUUUAAAAAUCCAGUGGAAAUUUACGCCUUGACCAACUGACCCCCCCUCCCAUUUCCUGUCUUUCUGAGCGCCCCCUAGCUACAGAAAACAUGCGCGCUACGGGGUUUUUGGCUGCACAUUUCUAAGCAACAUAAGACGGCUGCAUCUUCACUCACCAUACAUAUACAAAUAAAUAGUUUGUAAAUGGAGACAGUAUACACCCACGGAAUUUGGGUGGCUGAAAUCCUUCAGGAACGAACGAGUCAUCUAGAAAAGUUUUGGCUUACGGUCACUCUUCUUGGAGAUCCUAAAGCAGCCUUUCUACUCGUCUUUCCUUGUACUUAUUUCAUCAGCAAACGAACUGGACUGGCGAUUGUCUGGGUGGCUGCUAUAUCGGAGUGGUUAAACCUAGUGUUUAAAUGGAUGCUGUUUGGAGAAAGGCCUUUUUGGUGGAUUGGUGAAUCCCGUCUAUAUGAUAAAACCAACCAACCCAAAGUUCAUCAGUUUCCCUCCACUUGUGAAACCGGACCAGGGAGUCCAUCUGGACAUGCAAUGGUGACAGCAGCAGUUUGGUGGGUUGUUGUGUCGUCACUGGGGUCAUUCAUUUACUCCCGUACUCACAGCUGGGUGAUAUCAGGACUUCCCUACGUGCUUUAUGUCACACUUCUGGCUGCAGUUGGAAUCUCCAGGAUUUUCAUCCUCGCCCAUUUCCCUCAUCAAGUCAUCGCUGGCUGGCUAACAGGGCUCCUUCUGGUUGUCACUCUGAAAAGCACAGUUCCAGAAGGUCGCCCCCUGCUGUUCUUUCUUAGCUUCAGCACUGGUCUGAUGCUCAGCGCUCUGAUACUCAACGUUGCAUUGCAGCAGCUGGGAGUUGACAUCUAUUGGUCAAUUUCUUUGGCGAAGAAAUGGUGCAGCCGUGCGGAGUGGAUCCGUUUGGACACAGCCCCGUUUUCCUCUCUGACCCGUGACUGUGGGGCGCUUGUAGGUUUGGGGCUGGCUCAAUACUGGAAGCCAGGGGGAUGGUCUCUGCCGUGGGCACCAAGGGCGCUAUCUUUGGCCGUUUCGUCAAUGGGACUCUACCAUGUGAAUCGGCUGCCGCUCCCCGUUAAACCACAGGGCUUGUUCUAUAGUCUGUUCUUCGUCAAAUUUGUUCUUGUCCCUCAGAUCGUCAUGGUGUUUGUGCCGGGGCUGGUGCACCUUUUGACACACAAAAAGAAGAAAGACUAGAUGUGCUCCUCCUAAUGUAACUCAUCUCCAAGGACCACAAACUUUUCAUUUGUUCCAAAAACUUACAAUAUUUUAUCUCUAUUUUGUGCAAGGGGAAGUAACACUUUUAAUUAGUUUACAUGUUCAUGCUUUGCAAAUCAUCUGACAAAGUUGCUUUUAUUUUUAUUUAAAGAGUACUUAAGCCUUAAGUGUAAAUAUUGAACAGAAUUUGUUGGGAUAGUUUUUUUAAGAAUAAUUUAAAUGAUUUUUAAAUUAUUUCUUCACCAAAAACAAAAAAAACCAAUUGAAUAGGGUUGUUUUAUACAUUUAACUGAGUCACCUUCAAACUUGACAAAAACAUUUUUUUUGUAAAAUAAAAAAGCAAUUGGUUGUCUUUUAGUUGAUAAUUAUUUGCAGAUAUGAAUGUCUUUUGCAUUAUACAUGUGAAUGUAAUGCAGAAAUUAGUAAAAAAAACAAACAAAUGAUAUGCUGUAGUUGAUAAUAUUUAUAAAUAGCUUCUUUAUACCAACACAUGGGUUUGACUGUACAUAUUCCAACCAGUUAUGAGAUAAAAACACAUUUUUCUUUA